UACAGCCGAGAUGCAGACGAGAUGCAGACGAGAUGUAGACGAGAUGUAGACGAGAGGUGCCAAGAGAUCGCCGAGGUACAACCGAGGUACAGCUGCAGCCGCUCGAGCGAUGCCGUCCCACGCGUUGAGCUCUCGGCCGCUCGAGCGUGGUCGAGCGAGUGCAAGAAGGCUGGGGCAGAGAAGACGCGGCUGCUCGACAGGUCGAGAGGGACGAGAGGCGGCGGCUGCUCGAUCUCGCCGUGAUCCGGCUGCGAGGCGAGCUCACGAUGACGCCCGAAUCGUUCGUCGGCGUCGCUGCAAGGUACGCGAUCGCUUCCGAGGCGACCGAGGCGCUGCCUCCGUUCCGCAGCGCGCUGAGGCUCGGAACGCCCUCCGCCGUGACAAGCGGCAGCGCGCUGCUCGUGCUCGGUUGGCCGUCGCCGCACGGCCAGACGUCCAUCUUCGUCGACAGCACCCAUGAGUGCCUCUCCCGCGAGGGGCAGCUGCUGCACACGCGCGCCUUCAUCCACGCUGGCUCCAGCGGCGGGCCGGCGCUCACGCCCUCGCUGCACGUCGUCGGCGUGGUGAGCCACAACCCGCGCUCGUCCGACGACACCAUCCGCCCGCCAGAGGCGGGCGGCGAGGUGCACUACCUCGCGUGCAUCCGCUCGACCGAGCGCAUCGGGCUGAUCGCGCCCGCCGCCACCGACCUCAUCAGCUGCCGCCGCGCCCCCGCCGUCCUGCCACCGCCGCCGCCGGCCGCUGUGCCAUCGCUCCCAAAACUAGCGUGAGGGUUGCCAGUGUUUGGCGAGGAGUAUAUGUGCUGCGAAGUUUCGUGUGGCAAAAAUUGCGUGCUCGACACCCGCGGAUUGUAUAGUUUGUGUGCCGUCUCUCGAUCUCGUGUGCCGCACCGCGCACGCGCCGCAGUGGAAACCGUACACCCGCGUGCCGCGAAGAGCGUCUCAAAAUAGCAAGGGAGUUGCAGAAUUAGUCAAGUACUUGUUCU